AUGACGAAUAGGGUCCAACCCGUUGUUAUAGAGGUGGGCGAAAGCUCUGAAGCGAGCGGACAGCGUGAAAAAUGGACCUCCAAAGCUGACUUUAUAGCGUCAUGUAUUGGCUAUGCGGUUGGCCUGGGGAAUAUAUGGAGAUUCCCGUAUCUUUGUUACAAGAACGGCGGAGGUAAUUUAUUUAGGGGUGUAAGUUAGGUUUACAAGUGCACACUUUUUAAAACCGUUUUUUACAACUGUCGGCGCGUGAAAACAUCUCGUGUCUGAUUUUGCACCUUGCAACACUUUCUUCAAUUCGAGAAAAUCUAUUAAAUGCUGGUUGAGUAAGACUGGCAAACAUAAAAAAGGCGAUAAUAAUACAGAAAUGCCAGAUGUUUCCCAGGUCAACAGCAUAGCUUUCUUCCUAAACUGUUGGCUUUGGAAACAUCUGACGUUUUCCGUAUCUUUGUUACAAGAAGGAUGGAGGUAACUUGAUCUCGUAGAGAUGUAUAUCAUAGCUUCGUCUUUUUAUUCAGCAGUGUAGCUUAAGUUUACAAGUGCACACUUUUUUUAAUCACAAUUAGGUAUGCGAAAAAUCCAUCUUACUCAAAGAGGUUGUAUCGCCGCAUUUAGUGUCAUCUGUUACACGUCGUUAAACUAUCUUCAAUUCGAAGGAAUCUACAAAAUGUCAGUUGAAAAAGACAGAUAAAAACAAAAUAAAUGAAAAUAAAUCGGAAAUAAAAUAGGAUAGCUUAGGAUGGAGAAGAUUGACAAGGAUUGUAAAUGCCUGAAGAAUAAUAUUAACCUUGUUUUCUGCGCCAGCUAUGUGGCUCCUUCAAUCUUCCGCGCGUACUUUGCCCUCCAUCGUAAACUAUGCACUGGGAUUUCAGCUUAUUCUUAUUUAUUUCAUUUUACAUUCCCAGCUACUUUUUUAAUUCCAUAUUUUCUGACGUUGAUAACCUGUGGAAUUCCUUUGUUUUACCUGGAGCUGGCCCUCGGACAGUAUUUGAGCCUCGGUACCAUCAAAGCUUGGGCAGUGGUUUGCCCUGCGCUUAAAGGUUUGUGUUGUAUAAGAUAUCCUGAAUAAUGUCUAGCACUAGCGUAACUUGGAGAUAUCACAAUUAAAUAUGGAAGACAAAGAUGAGCAACUCCACUGUGAGAUGUAUUGACAACUACUACGCUCUACAAGACAAAUUUUCCACUUUUGAAUACUCUAAAUUGAAUAAGGCGUUUCCGCAAUCGAUGAAGUAGCGCGUUGCACAACUUUUAUGAUGCAAGGCGCGCUUUACACCAUGAACACGUUGUGGCAGCUCAAAUGUUCCGUUAUCUUUCAUUUGCAGGUAUCGGAGUUGCCAUGGUGAUUAUUUCCUUCCUGAUCUCUAUUUACUACAAUGUUGUUAUAUCCUGGAGUCUUCUGUAUCUAUAUCACUCCUUUGCUUCUGUUGUCCCGUGGAAGUCUUGCGGUAAUUCGUGGAACACUGCAAAUUGCAGGUAAAUAACGACAUCAAAAAGUUCUCCCUUUGAUUGUAAAAAAACGAUAUUUACUCAACAUAUCGAUCAGCAAACAGUUUUCAUGUUCAUAUUUCACUUUUUUUCGUAAGGAAAAUGACGCCAAUCUCUAUUUAGUAAGAUUUCGACCCUUGAGAACAUGUCAUUUUUAACAACAAUGACCUCAUUUGUAAUAACAUAACUUUGUAAUAUUCUUUUCUUUAGUGAGGACUUCAGAAAUUUCACUGCUAACUGCACGACCUUUAAUUGCUCAAUGACCGCAGUCUCCCCCAGCCAGGAGUUCUGGGAGUAAGUUUAGUUUUUAAAGAUUCGCUAAUCUUACUAAUUUAAAGAAACCCAGUUAUUUGCAGCGCAGUGCAUUACUGAUAGGUUGCCUUGGCAAUCUUAAAUUAACACCGAUUUAAUUUGCCUUCAAGAAAUUGCGAUUGCUUAACUUUAACAAUUUUGCACAAGAUUUGGAAAAAAAUUGCGAGUAAAUUUGAGGUAAAUCAUUUCACACAAAAGAGCAUGGACACAACUACACAACUACGCAUGCGUAGAAUGUCACCAAAGACAGAAAGAGCCAGUCAGUGUUACGCAUGAGCAGACCAUUACACAGACAUGUUCAAGUCACCUCGUUAGCUCUUGGCCAAACGAAAAGAUGGAAAAAAAAUUUUGAAUAGUGGUGACAUCAGUACCUAAAGAGCAUAUUCUUACUAUCUGUGGAUAAAUAAGUUUCUUCGCAAACAAAAAAUAAUCACCUUAUGAAUGAAAUUGUUUAAUUUUACGACUUACGGUCUUUUAAGGCGUCGUAUCUUGGACGUUUCAAAUGGCAUCGACGAGCCGGGUGAGAUUCGUUUACCUUUGGCCACCACGUUGUUUAUCUCGUGGAUUGCUGUUUUCUUUUGCAUCCAUAAAGGCAUCAAGAGCUCUGGGAAGGUAAACCAAGAAAGUACAGUCUAAAAAAAUCAAUCUGAAUUUUACUUGUUGUUAAAAAUUUGCAUUCUCUUUGUACAUUUUAAAAAAUCAAUUG